AUGUGCGGAGGCGAUAGUGAGGGUGGCUAUAAUAAUGAAGAAUGGAGGGCGGUCUGGGCCUUAUCCGACUUAGAUAAUAUUUAUAGCAUUAAUUUAAUAUUAUUAUGGCUUAUUAAUCAUCCAUUAUUACAUAUUUUGAUUGAUUCUAAUAAUUAUUUAUGCUAUGUUUUGUUAGCAAAACAUUUGACAAAAAAAUUACAAAAAACAAGAUUUAAAAUAAAAUAA